AUGGAGUGCUGGAAGCUGGUGGCUGCGCGCGUCAUGUCGAUGCCAGACGGCGACGAUGCGUCGGGCACGCUCCAAGGGUUUGACGUGAAGCACGAGGCAGAUUGCGGCAAGGCACGCGCUUUUCUCAACCUCAUGUUCACCUGCCGCGAGCUGUACCAUGAUCUGCCCUGGGCCGUACCCAAAUGGUACCUUGCGAAAGCGCUGGAACAAGCCAUCAGCGACAAGAAGCCCAGGUACAUGCCUGCGGAGCGCCCAAGCCACUUUGGCGCGCAGGGAUCCGUGCCCGCAUAUUCCAACCUGAGGUUUGAGAACGACCCUUACCCCACCGGGUCAGAUUGGCUAGACACCUUCCAAGCCGCGCUCCUCCCACCGCUGCUGGCGCGAAGAACCCCUGAAGACACCACCAACGAGGGCAGCAGCGAGGACAGUGGCGGCUGUGGCGACAGUGACAGCAUGACAGUGUGGAUGGAGAACCGCUUCCUUGCCUACUCUCGGCUCGGCGUGACCUGGGCCAGCGACCUCCCCUUCUUGCAACAUGGGCUGCUGCAGUGGGCGCAGGACGUGCAGGGCAGCGACAGGGGAGGGGAGGGAGGGAGGAUGGAAGACGCAGAGGCGCAGGAGGACGCGGAGGAGGAGGAGGAGGAGGAGGAGAGGAAGCGGGAAGAGAAGCAGCAGCAACAACAACAACAACAACUGCAACAACAACAACAACAACAACAACAACAACAACAACAACAACAACAACAACAACAACAACAACAACAACAACAACAACAACAACAACAACAACAACAACAACAACAACAACAACAACAACAACAACAACAACAACAACAACAACACCCCGCUCUGUUCUAUGUCACUGUCGAGUUCAACAGCCAAGCAGAAGUGGACCGCUUCAACGAGCUGCGUUCCACAGCGUUGGGUGGUGCACGUGCAGAGAAAUUGGACGUCACAACCACAGCACCGCUGGCCUCCCUGACUGUGUGCAACGCAAACACGCUUGUCUUGCAGUACAUGCGCCAUAAGGUGGAAAGCGUGACUUUUCGCGACAUUGGGCACAUCCGAUGGCGCAGCAUAUCGUCCGAGCAAACCACCCUCCAAGGCGAAGUGUCCAACGUCGGCGGCAUCAAUUUUCAUCACGGCAUCGAACGCAACGGCUUUGCACUGUUGGCCGGUUUGCACAGCAUGAGGAUCACAAGCCAACACGCGGACCUGACACCGCUUGCUGGCAUCAGCACGCUGGUGCUUGACCGUGCGACCGUGGACAACCAGUCUGUGCUUGCAGAUGUGGAGGAGCUUCAUAUGCACCAAACCCCACUGGAGAUUGACACGCUCAACGCCAAGCGCAUUACGCUGACGUGUGGGAUGCCGGCUCGCGUUCAUCUUCCCAACGCCACCCACUUCUGGCUGACGCAAGACUCCUGGAACAUGGAUGUGGAGUUUGUGCUUUCACCACACCUCGACACGAUCGCGAUUCGCAGCUACGACCCAAAGAUUCCACAGUUUGAGCACGCGCGGGUGAUGGACCUCGACUGCUAUGAAGAGGUCGACCUGUCUGACGUGGCACACCGCGUCGACAAGCUGGUGAUUCGCAACGCACGCAUGCUGCACACCAGUGCCGGUGACCCCUUGGGCGGCCUGCUGCAUGUGCCAGACAACGUGCAUGUGUGCUUGGACGACGUCUGCAUCCCUCUGACCGGGACCGUGCUGCCGCCUUGCGUGAAGGAGCUGUCUGCAAAUAGCCGCACAAUUCCUCGCAGCGCUAGGCCCUCCGUUCAUUUCGAACACGCUUCUGGCACAUGCUUGGCCAACGUUCCGCUGCUUUCCCUCGCAAGCCAUCGCCUGCGCGACGUGGAUGCCCUGCGUGGGCGGAGGCAUCUUCACUUGCUGGACGUGACGCUUCAUGGCAAGAUCAGGGAAUGCAACCACGUGUCGCUCCUGGCUUGUAAGGGUGCUGCUGACGUGAGUGGAAUCAAAUGGUUGUGGCUGGUGCAGGCCUUCAUCAUGGCAAGCGAUGAUGGUGAAGGUGACAACCCAAGCGAUCCCCAUCGCAAGAUACCGGAAUAUUCGCUGCAUGUUCAGCGCAUUCAACGCGUGUUCAUGUGUCAACUCUCCUUUUGCAGAGUCAUAGACUCCUCCUGCUUCCGCAACGUCCACUACCUCGUCCUGAGUCGUUGUGCGUUUGAUGACCUGAGUGCGCUGACGUCGGUUCGCUGCCUGGCGGUGCGCGGCUGCACCAGUCUUGACGAGCAGUGGUCGUGGCCGGAUGUGGUGCUGGUGAACCGAACACCAGAAGAAAUGAUGGCCGUGCUCAGGAAGGGGAUGAAGAAGAGGUUGUGAGGGUGCGAGGG